AUGCCGCUGCCGUUGCCGCCAACGGCCCAGCAAUAUGCGCCGUACGCUCAGCUCCAGUAUCCGCUGCCCCAGCACUUGCCGCUCGCCCUCAGUCUGCACCAUCAGGCAGCUGCGGCGGCAGCGGCGGCUGUGGCCUCCGCUGAGCAGCACAACAACAAUCAGCCCUUUGUGGCCAACAAUAAUGUGCCAUGGAAACAGCGCAAGCGCAAACGUCUCUCGGCCGUGCUCGACAAACUGCAUCAUCACAACAACAACAACAACAACAACAAUAACAACAGUAAUAACAACAACAACAACAAUGCUGUGGCAUGCAAGGCCGAGCCCAUGGACAUGGAGGAUGAGACGGCAGCGGGUGAGGCAGCGGACGAGGAGGAGGAGGACGCGAAGUCGCAUUGCGACAAUGAGGCUAAUUAUAUAAAAGGCGAUGCAAAGUCUGCCAAACGCUGCAAUUCCAGCGCUCCCCGCUCCAGCACCAGCGGCGACGAUGACGAGGAGGGCGAGGCGGAAUUAUCCGCCGAAGAGCUCUCCCACUGCACGGACAACGAUAGUCCCCGAAUAAGCAUGAGUCCGUUGCAGCUGAUGUCGCACGAUGGUGUGGUGACGACACCAGCGCCUCCUAAUGCAGCUGCCGCCGCUAAUGCUGCCGCCGCAGCUGCUGCUGCUGCCGCUGCCAAGGAGAAUCCGCUGCAUGUGGACAUCAAGACUGAGCAUAUGCCCAAUCCGUAUGAUCGCUACUUUCCCAUACCAUCGCCACUGUUUGGCUACUAUCUGCACACCAAGUACUUGAACGAAGUGUUCCGGCGUCGUCAUGAUCUCUAUCCCUCCCCACUGCAGCACACACCCUCGUCGAUUGCCUCCUCGCAUCCCGACGAGACUUCACCCACGAAUCAGAGCAAAACGGUUAGCUAUAUGCCGCCUGCUUUGGCCAGCUCUUCGCCGCCGCCCGCCGUGUCAUCGGCGCUGCCCUCUCCGCCGCGCAGCGAAUCAUCUGUGACGACAGCUCAGGUGGUGCGCAACUCCAGCCCCAAGCCGGCGAAGAAAUCGUUGAGCAAGCCCAUGGCACCGCCGCAGGAACGUCCGUUGGAUCUCUCGGUGCGCAACGAUGGCGGGCAGACGCCCGAGCACAAAAAGUACAAAUCCCCAUCGCCGCUGCCAGCAACGAGCGCCUCCACCGCCUCUAUGAUGCUGGCACCGCCACCACCCACAAGUCUGCACCAAUCCAUGUCGUCGGCCAUGAGUGCGGCGAGCAGCUUGGAGAGCAUGAAUGCAUUAUCGCCAGCAUCGAGCACACACUCCAGCACCUCAUUGACCAGCACCACACCAACAUCGACCAUAGCACCACCAGCUGCCAUGUCACCCUAUGCCAUGACAGCAGCUGCUGCUCAUGCUGCUGCUGCCGCUGCAGCGGCCGCCAUGAUCAAGCUCGAGAUGCCAAUGCACCCAAUGCAUCAACAUGUGCCGACAACGACAGUGGGUGUGCCCGUGAUUAAGGGCGAUGUGGCCUCACCGACCACCAAGGAGACUGUGGCCUGGCGCUACAAUCUGGACGUGUCGCCGGUGGUGGAAGAAAUGCCACCCGGCUCGGAUGUAGCCUAUGUGUGUCCAACUUGUGGGCAAAUGUUCUCGCUACACGAUCGGCUGGCCAAGCACAUGGCCUCGCGCCACAAGUCGCGCAAUCCUGCCAACGAUAUUGCCAAAGCGUAUUCCUGCGACGUCUGCCAUCGCUCCUUUGCACGCUCCGACAUGCUCACGCGCCACAUGCGACUGCACACCGGCGUCAAGCCGUACACGUGCAAGGUGUGCGGUCAGGUCUUCUCACGCUCCGAUCAUCUAUCCACGCAUCAGCGCACACACACCGGCGAGAAGCCCUACAAGUGUCCACAGUGUCCGUAUGCCGCGUGCCGGCGUGACAUGAUAACGCGCCACAUGCGUACACACACGCGCUACGAGUCACGCGGUCGUGAGGGUCGUGACAAUGCCGGAAUGGAGCCAAAGUCUCCGCUCCCAUUGCUGGACAUGAAAAUGAAUUUGCCGCUGCUCUUGCAGAAUGACGAGCUGAUGAACAAGUCGCCGUUGGGUGGUCUGGGCGGACCCAUGCCCAUUGUGGUGAAGACUGAGAGCGCCUAACGGUAUCUCUAUGCUGCAGCGACGCAGUUCAUGACCUUCUGAAGUGAGUGAAUGUGAAUGUGGUGGGAAAGAGAAGGGUGAAGAAAACGAAGAGGUGGUGAAUCGAUGAGAACAAUUUACAAUGAAGCUAUGCAUGUCCAAGCAAGAGCCCCAGCUUCCGAGCUUAGUGCGUUCGCUUAGACAAAGCAGAAGAAGAAGAAGACGAAGUUAAAGAAGAUGAGGAAGAAUAGCGAGCAAGAAGUUGAAGAAGAAGAAGUAGAGCAACACUGAAAAUCUCUCUGCGAAGACUGAGAACCUAAUUACUACCUAUAAUUAACACAGAGCAUAGGUUUAUAUCAUUUAUACAAUAUUAUUAAUACAUCAGAUCUGUACUCAUUUUUGCGUACCGUACGUACCGUUACUUAAAAAUACAGAAACACGCACACAUAAACACAUAAACACACACACAUACACACACAGCGAACUCAGACCACCACCCAACGUAUUAGGAGUUAGUUGUCUUAGCAUAGCAGUACCAGGCGCCGUAUCAGGCCGUACACGAAAGCCGUAGACAUAGCUAGUUGUUAGUAGAGUAUUUUAGACGGAGUUGUUUUCUAGAGUGUAGAGUAUACUUGUAGAUUGGUAGUAGGGGGGAGAGCAGAGAAGCGUACAAUACAGCUAGCAAUUCCAUGUUCCACAAUUAGUUUGUAACGUCUGGGAGAGGCCACAACUCCAACGCAGCAACGCAGCCAACAUGUGCUAGAGCGAGAUAACAGUAUCUUUGCCCCUCAAGCAAACAUGUUGCUGCGUGCAGAAAAAAAAAACAAAAAAACUUUUGGUUGUGCGCAUUUGCGGCAUUUUAGCCUCUUAAGCAUUUUUAUAAUGAAUUGAAAUUAUUAAACUGUAAUCAUUGAGAAUUUUACACACAACCUAAUAUAAUUUCCUAGAUCGUUUUAAUUUAAUUGAAAGCACAGCGGACAAACCACAAAUUAAGAACCACAAAACAUCAGCCCUAACUGUACUUUAUUUUAAUUUAAUUUAUUUUAGUUUAAUAUUUAAUAGGCAGCAAUGCACAAACACAUUUAAUUUUAAUGGC